CAUGUUCGUAGAAUAGCCUCGAUAGAAACAUCCAUGAUUGUUUCAAAGGCUACCAACUGUCCGGAAAGGGCAGGUGUACCUUGUCUGAAGGAUCUAUAUCCGAUCGACCUAGUCAAGGAUAGGGGGGUAUGUUGCCCUACGCCAAACAGGCCUACAAUUACGGAUGGAGCUCCCCAUGAGCCCCUAUCAUUCUAAAUAGGUAUCGUCACCUCCAUUGCCGUGUAGAUAAAUAGUUCUAGCCACGCCUUAUUUUCUUGAUGAAUCCGGAGCCCUAAACAUCAGCAUAUUUCUUUCCUUCCUUCUUCAUUUCUAGUCAAUAUAUUAUAUCCCAAAAUGCCAUCUUUCAACACCACACUAUUGGCUCUGGCAGCCUCCCUCUCCUUGGUGUAUGGACACGGUCAUGUCCGUAGAGUCAUUGCUGACGGCGUAACCUACCCGGGAUUUGAGCGUUGGGAGAACCAAGACCAGAGCAAGGUAGUUACGUGGCACUUCACAACAGAAGACGAAGGCCCAGUUCCGAUCUCCAGCAUCAACAGCCCCGACAUCAUCUGCCACAACGGUGCUACCAAUGCUCAGGCCUCCGUCCCGGUAACUGCAGGAUCUCAGAUACAGGUCGUGCGUUUCAACACCAUUGGUGGAUUCGAACACCCAGGCCCUCAGAUCGACUACCUCGCGCCUUGUGGUGAUACUGGCUGUGCCAAUGUCGACAAGAACAACUUGAAGUUCUUCAAGAUCUUCGAGAAGGGCCUUGUUAAAGGCGGCAUGGCGGACAGCCCUACCUGGAACACGCAGAAGUGGGCCACCACUGAGGUACACAAGAACGUUCAGUCGGAGGGCGAAGGCUUCAUCGACACCUUCACCAUCACAAUCCCCCAGAACGUUAAGCCCGGCCCUUACGUCCUCCGCCACGAAAUCUUCGGUCUUCAUAGGGCCCACCUUGGCGACGCCGAGUUCUACCCUCAGUGCAUCAACCUUGAUAUCAAAGGGUCUGGUACCCAGCAGCCACAGGGAAUUCCUGCCACCCAGCUAUACAACAGCAAAGACGCAGGAAUCGACCUCGAUAUCUGGGUAGACCUUGAAUCCUACAAGGUUCCUGGCCCGGCGGUAUCCAAAAUCACGACGAAGCGGGAUAUCAUUGGGGAGAGCGCUGCUAGGCGACACCCGCGAGAUCUUCACCACUAGCCUAACUUAGCUGUCUAAAUUUGUUGCUUGAAGCUAUCCGUCACAUGUUCUUCGACGUUUGAGACGUUCAGGGGGAAAUGCUGCAAGUUGUACAUACCUACCUACUUUCAAGACUUUCUUCCAUGUUCGGAAUUCUAUUCUAUCUGUACAUACCUAGUUAUACUUGUCAUAAUUAACCAAGUACAUUCGUAAA